AUGAUGUGCUACCGGAAGCGCGCGAGAAAAGAGCUGAGGGAGAUUGCAUGGGGCCAGUGGCUGUCAAGCCCUAUCCCUAAGGCCAGGCGGUCGCCGUUUGCGUGCCGGAGUUGCUUCCCCGAGGGCGAGCCUGUCCCGGUCUGCGCAGAGUGUUCUCGACGCUUGGCGCGCGGGGUGCUGUCGCCAGCGGCGCAACUUCACAGACGUCUCGGUUGUGAGCACACGUUCCCGGACGAGCUAAAGGGCCUGACGCCGGUGGAGGAGAAGCUGAUCGCGCUGAACUCGUGCUACGGAUUCGUCACCAGGUACAACGUCUCAGGCGGCCAGAAGCAGACGCUAAGAUAUCCCAAGCACGUCAAGGGCCACAUCACGGUGUUCCCCAACAAUGUGCAAGAGCUGGCGACGAACGUGCUGCCGCACCCUCUCUUCCAGGUAAUGGACGAGAUCCACGUCUCGUGGCAGGGGGCGCUAAGGCCGACACCGAGCGACCUGUCGAGUCUCCUAUCGGUGAGGCGGCGAGUCGUCGAGAGGGCCCUUGUCUGGUUGAAGAGGAACAACCCCCACUACGCCGAGAUCGAGAUCGACGCGGCAGAGAUGGAGAGCUGGGGAGACCCGGCCCACGGGGUGCCGGCGUUGGUGUACGAGCGCCUGGAGCGGAACGAGCCGUCGGCGUGGGAGAAGACGCGGACGGCGCACGUCGUUCCGCCGACGGAGCGGGCCAUGGACGACGAGGGGGCGGUAGAGAUCGAAGAAGUCCUCGCCAUGCUCAACAAAGGGGAAAGCACGACGAGUCGCGAGGCCUCCGGGCCAGAGUUGAACGAGGUGGAUGAGGUGCGUGGACAGAGCCACGGCGAAGUUGACCAUGACGCGAAGACGAUCAACGAGCUGCGGUUCGCAUGCGAUGCCGUUCGCCAAGGCGCAGCCGACGAUGGUACGGGCCCGAGAACGUGGGUCGAAUCCUCGACAAGGGGGCAGCCGGGGCACGUCGAUGGUUCUGAGCCAUUCAUCCAUGUCCGCCGCGGGGAUGAAUUCGCCGACUCGUUCGAAGCCUCCUUCUUCGCAAAGGCCUUUCCCACGCUAUUACCAUUCGGUGUUGGAGGGCCGCGACCCGUCGAGGAAGCAAGCGUGCGGUUGGGCAGAGGCGCGGCCAACACGAGCGAGCCAGAGGCGGGGACGCAGGAUCUCCUGUCAUCCCGAAACAUGAGCCUUCGGACGUGGGCCGACACGGUGCUGCGACGCCACGGCGGCCGGUUCGCGACGCACCACAUCUUCGCGUUCCUCGUCUUCAACAUGGGCGUGCGGUCGAGAAACCGUCGCGUCAGCAUGCUGAGCGUGACGAGGAAGAACUUCCGCAAGGUGGAGCAAAUCGUACGGUCGCUGACUGCAGACGGAUUAGCGGCAGCUAGAGCCGAGCUGGAGAGCACAGGCAAGACGACCGACGACGGCGUGAAGGAGCUUCUCAGGAGCCUUUCGCUGUAUGGUUAUCGUCAGCCCAUGUCCAGAGAGCUCCGUCUCAGCAUGCGGCACAAGAUCCUGGCGCUCAUCGUCCGCUACGGCGUGCCCGCGAUCUGGUUCACGAUCAACCCAAACGACAUUACGAACCCGGUGAAGCUCCGACUGGCAGCGUACCGCACGCGCGACCCUGAGGCGGCCGAGGAGUUCCUGCGGAGCCUCGAUAUGUCGUUCAAACGGGUGCGGCUAUCCAUCUCCGACCCGAUGAGCUCAGCCAUGUUCUUCCACCGGGAGAUGACGCUGUUCUUCGAGCAUUACGUAAAUGCAGGGGGGGAGUCGGUGUUCGGGCGCCUCAGCCAGUACUACGGUGCCGUGGAGACCAACGAACGAGGAUCCCUUCACGUCCACGGGCUGCUCUGGCUACACGGGAACGCGCACCCGAGCUCGAUGCUCGCCGACGCCCACGGCGAGGGACAAUCGGCGUACCGCGAGCGGAUCGUCCGCUAUGUCGAUAGCGUCUUCUGCGAGGACUUGGACCAGGAAGGGUUUUGCGCCGUCCGGGCGGAGCGUUCGGUGACGUCUGAUGUCUCAUCCCUGCUAGACAGCGCCGAGCGGUUCUCGGCCGCCUUCGAAGAGGAAGCCAACUUCUGCGCCGGGGCGACGCAGAUCCACACCCAUAGCCCGACAUGCGUCAAGUACUCCCUCGGCAACAAGGGGCGAAAGGCCGACCUCUGUCGCUUCAAGGCGCCAUGGAAGCUGGUCGAGAAAACAACGUUCUCACAGGACGGCGUGCUGCGGAUCCGCAGGACGCAUCCCAUGGUGAAUCGAUGGAACAAGGCCAUCGCCGUAGGGCUCCGCCACAACCAUGAUAUUUCCUUCAUAGCGACGCAGCGGAAGACCAUGGCCCUCGUCUAUUAUGUCACGAAUUACGCGACCAAAGUAGAGGACCCGACGUGGAAGCGCGUCGCCGCGGCCGCGGAAGACCUAGACCUCCUCAACUCGAGGUGCCACCGGGAAGACAGGCGGAUCCCGUGGGAAACGGGCAUCACCGUGGUAACGCCGCUGAACAGGAACCGGUGGAACCUCAACAUGGAGGCGAGCUUGGCGUUCCGGAUUCUGCAGCAAACGACGAUGCGUGUCUUCAUCUCCGAGCACAAGUGGAAGGACGGCCUGCCGACCGAGGAAGAGGCCAUCAUGAUGCUGAACCAGGGCGACGACAGCGCGAUCCCGGUGCCGGCCAUCUUCAUGUUCGUGGCCGGGAUGGCGGCCGUCGUGAAUCACAAUACCCAUCAGGGGCUCAAGUUGGUGAACGGUGCCAGCUACACGGCGGUGGAGGUAAUCGUCGACAAGGCGUACCCGGGGCAUCGGAUCUCGGCCGACACGACGAUCCACUUCGGGCCGCCGGCGGCGAUUAUACUGGGGUCGGAGACGACGAAGGAUUUCCACUUCGUCGGGAUGCCGCCCGGCACGAUCCUCCUGACGCCCAUGAGCGUCAGGAUCCAGCGUCAGCGGAAGCGACCGUGGCAGCAGAACGACGUCAGCCGCAAGGGCCUGCCGUGCGCCGCCGCCUUCGCGUGCACGGAUUACAAGGUGCAGGGGGGGACUCUGGAGCGCGUCGCGCUCGAGUUACAAGGGACGAGGACGACAAACGUCGGCGGACGCGCCGUCCCCUCGCAGUGCGACCCGUACAGCCUGUUAGGGGUGAUAGACGAAGGUGAAGAUUUUGAAGAUUUUGAAUGA